AUGGCGUUAUCACUCAUCACCAGAUUGCUAACCCUGGCUCUGGGUUACGCGUACCCGGCGUACGCUUGCUACAAGAUGCUGGAAGUGCACCCUCCGCAGAUCGAGCAAUUGCUUUUCUGGUGCCAGUACUGGAUUCUCGUGGCGACGCUGACGGUCGUCGAGAGGUUCGCGGACUGGAUAGUGUCGUGGCUGCCAAUGUACGGCGAGGUGAAGCUGCUGCUCGUCCUCUACCUCUGGCACCCCGGCACACGGGGUGCGGGGCACGUGUACGAUGGCCUCCUCCGUCCGCUGGUGGCGAGGCACGAGCACGACAUCGACCGGGGCCUGCUGGAGCUGAGGGCCAGGGCGAGGGACAUGACGGCGUCGCAACUCAAGGUGGCGGUUGCCGUCGGACAGGCGUGGCUCGUCGAGGCUGCCCGGUGUGUUUCGUCGCAGCUGCAGGCCGCGAGAUCAGACCGGGCAGGCGCUGCUCAUUGA